AUGCCCGGCCAAAACGACUUCCUAGUGCACCUCCCCGAUAAGCCCGACAUGCUCGCAAUGCGCAUGUCUCAGAUCGGCGCACACCUAUCGCACAACAAGCCGCUCCUAGAAGCCGGCUCCCUGAUCCUCUCAGGGCCCACGCUGACGGGCCAUCCGGCGGAUCCGACACAAGGGCUCCCCAUCACGGGGAGCGUGCUGAUUUUCCGGACGGGCACGGCGGAGGAGGUAUGGGAGAUGCUGGCGGCGGACCCGCUGGCCAAGACCGGGGUGUGGGACAUGGAGAAGGCGACCGUGACGCCGUACAGGUGCGGGCUUUGGAAGCCAUACUAG